AGCUCUGAUUACACAAGGGAAGAAGGGGAGUGCCUAACUGGGAUUGGUGCAGAGUGGGGCGGGACCCGCUGAUUUGUCGUCCUCUGUCUCCCUGUGAGUCUGCAUAAAGUCACAGCUUGUCCGAAGACCCACGUCUACCAUACUGAAGACAGUUUGAGAAGGCUACCACCAGCACUAUGCCUAUGAUCCUGGGAUACUGGAAUGUCCGCGGUGUAAGAGAGGAGACUGGGAUGUGAAGCAGGAAGUUCAUAACAGCGGGGUCUUUCUAGCAGAGAGGUGCUCCUCGCUGACACACCCCAUCCGCCUGCUCCUGGAAUACACAGACUCAAGCUAUGAGGAGAAGAGAUACACCAUGGGGGACGCUCCCGACUUUGACCGAAGCCAGUGGCUGAAUGAGAAGUUCAAGCUGGGCCUGGACUUUCCCAAUCUGCCCUACUUAAUUGACGGGUCCCACAAGAUCACCCAGAGCAACGCCAUCCUGCGCUACAUUGCCCGCAAGCACAACCUGUGCGGGGAGACAGAGCAGGAGAGAAUUUGUGCCGACAUUGUGGAGAACCAGGUCAUGGACACCCGCAUGCAGCUCAUCAUGCUAUGUUACAACCCUGACUUUGAGAAGCAGAAGCCAGAGUUCUUGAAGACCAUCCCCGAGAAGAUGAAGCUCUACUCGGAGUUUCUAGGCAAGCGGCCGUGGUUUGCAGGGGACAAGAUCACCUAUGUGGAUUUCCUCGCUUAUGAUAUUCUUGACCAGUACCGCUUAUUUGAGCCCAAAUGUCUGGAUGCCUUCCCCAACCUGAAGGACUUCUUGGCCCGUUUUGAGGGCCUGAAGAAGAUCUCUGCCUACAUGAAGACCAGUCGCUUCCUCCCAACACCUAUAUUCUCAAAAAUGGCGCACUGGUGUAACAAGUAGACCCCCGCUAUGCUGACUGUUAUAAGGGGGACCUGUCUAUGCUAGGGGUCCUCCAGGCCCCGGAGACAGCUGUCCUUCUGCACUGCUGCCUCCCUGUUCCCACUUCCUUCUCCUUCCCAAACCCUUCUCCGGCUUUGUCUCCUCAGUUCUUAACCUAGUCAAGCCCAUGCAGUCUUCAUCUCCCUGCUUCCUUUAGUCAACGCCCCGUCUUCAUUUGUGCCCCAACCAACCACACAGUCCUCUUCUGUGAUUUGAUGUCUGCCCUGCGCUCUGCUCCCUAGAAUUACCCUACAGGUCAAUACUGUUUCAAGUUCCCGGUGGCGGGGCUUGUCUCAUCUCCAAUAAAGUCUGAAACACA